AUGGGUGGAAAUGGCAAGCACAGGUGGAAAAUCUCCUUCCACCGUUCCUCUUCCCAAUCCUCCAAGCUGGACCCCAAGCUCCCUCCCAAGGAAUUCACAUGCCCCAUUUCCGGCUCCUUAAUGUCCGACCCGGUUGUCGUCGCUUCGGGCCAAACCUUCGAACGCCUCGCCGUUCAAGUCUGCAAGGACCUCGGCUUCUCCCCCAAGCUAGAAGACGGGACCCGACCCGAUUUCUCAACAGUAAUCCCUAACUUAGCCAUCAAAACGACAAUCCUCAACUGGUGCGACAAGUCCCACACACAACACCCGCGCGCACCCGAUUACAACUCCCUCCAGCGCCACGUCAGACAAGCAAUGGCCGCGUCAGGGGAACAAAACGAACAAGGAGAAGACCGAAUUAGGGUUUCCGAAAAGGAGCUUCUCAACGCGGUCGCGGAUAACCCCCCCGUCAUUUUCUCCCACGCCGCCACUGAGUUAGGUCCCCGAGUUAACCACUUUAACUCGGGAUCCUCCUCUGAGGAAUCGGUCAUUAUUCCGCCCAGCCCUGGAACGCCGUUACCGUUAACCAUUCGUCCAAUCUGCUUAUCCUCCUCCUCCUCAUCCUGCGAGAUAGAAAUCGAAAACCCUAGCGCGCCGGUAACAGAGGAAGAAGAAAGAAUAUUGAAGAAACUGAAGAGCAGCGAGGUGUUUGAGCAAGAAGAAGGCGUAAUCUCGCUGAGGAAGAUCACGAGGAGCAAAGAGGAGGCUAGGGUUUCGUUCUGCACGCCGCGGGUACUUUUGCCGCUGCGCGGUUUGAUUGCUUCCCGAUACGGCGUCGUACAGGUCAACGCGGUGGCGUCGCUGGUGAACCUCUCGCUGGAAAAGCAGAACAAGGUGAAGAUCGUGAGGUCAGGGUUUGUUCCGUUUUUAAUCGAUGUUUUGAAGGGGGGAUUGGGUGAGUCACAAGAGCACGCUGCGGGCGCGCUUUUCAGUUUAGCGUUGGAUGAUGAUAAUAAAAUGGCGAUUGGCGUUCUCGGCGCGUUGCAGCCGCUGAUGCACGCGCUGCGUGCCGAGUCCGAGCGGACUCGGCACGACUCGGCGCUUGCUUUGUAUCAUUUGAGCCUUGUUCAGAGUAACCGAGUGAAGCUGGUGAAACUGGGGGCGGUGCCGACGCUUUUGUCGAUGGUGGUGGCGGGGAACUUGGCGAGCCGGGUGCUGCUGAUUCUGUGCAACCUGGCUGUGAGCACGGAGGGGCGAACGGCGAUGCUGGAUGCGAACGCGGUGGAAUGUUUGGUGGGGUUUUUGAGGGAAAACGAGUUGGACUCGGAGGCGACGCGGGAAAAUUGCGUGGCGGCGCUGUACGCGCUGAGUCAUAGGAGCUUGAGGUUCAAAGGGUUGGCAAAGGACGCAAGGGUUGUGGAGGUAUUGAAGGAGGUUGAACAAACGGGAACGGAAAGGGCCAGGGAGAAGGCCAGGAAGGUGUUGCACAUGUUGAGAACUGUGGGCGAUGGAGAUGGUGAUGAAGGCGAGGAAUUUUUUGACUCGGCCGGGUUGAUGCGGAAUCGAUACCGUGUUGGUGCGGCCAGGAACCAUAACAUCGUCAACACGACCACGUUUUAG